AGAGAGAGUAGCGGUAGUAGCUCAUCCCUCUUGUUUGUUUCUUAAGCUUCCAACCCUCCAUUCCCAAUCCCCUAAUCCUUUUCAUUUCAAAUCCCAUAAAACCCAAAUCAUCAUCUCCACACCAAACUCAGUCGCCAUGGUUCAAGACGGCGACGGCUCUUCGGCUCCGUCGCAGACUCCAUACGAGGCGGCAUUGGAGGCGCUCUCGUCGCUGAUCACGAAACGCAGCCGCGCCGAUACGAGCAACAAAGGCGGCGGCUUCGAUGUGCUCUUCGACUAUCUCAGAAUUCUGGAAUUGGAGGAGCCGAUUGCGCAGAUGAAGAUCAUUCAUGUGGCUGGCACCAAAGGAAAGGGAUCCACAUGCACCUUCUCUGAGUCAAUACUACGGCAUUGUGGCUUCCGCACUGGACUUUUCACAUCUCCUCAUCUGAUUGAUGUGCGAGAAAGAUUUCGUUUGGAUGGAGUGGACAUCAGCGAAGAGAAAUUCUUGGAGUAUUUCUGGUGGUCUUUUAAUAGACUAAAGGAAAAAGCUACUGAUGAUAUACCAAUGCCUACCUACUUUCGCUUCCUUGCCUUACUUGCUUUCAAGAUAUUUGCAGGGGAGAAGGUAGAUGUUGCUAUUUUGGAAGUCGGUUUAGGUGGAAAGUUUGACGCAACAAAUGUGGUUCAGGCACCUGUUGUUUGUGGUAUAGCAUCCCUUGGAUAUGAUCAUAUGGAGAUUCUUGGAUAUACCCUGGGAGCAAUUGCUGGGGAGAAGGCUGGAAUCUUCAAGCAAGGAGUUCCUGCUUUCACUGUGCCUCAACCUGAUGAAGCAAUGCGGGUUCUUGAAGAGAAAGCUUCUCUGUUGAAUGUACCUCUUCAAACAGUGCAACCAGUGAAUGCUAAUUUGCUGAAUGGCUUAAAACUUGGGCUUGAAGGUGAGCACCAAUAUGUUAAUGCUGGCCUUGCUGUUGCACUAUGCUCUACAUGGCUUCAAAGGACUGGUCAUCUUGGUAUUACUCACCAGGGAAACACAACCUCUCUGCCGGAGCAGUUUAUAAAAGGACUAACGGCUACUGUCAGUUUACAAGGCCGAGCUCAAAUUGUUCCAGAUGACUAUACGAACAAUGACAGCCCAGGAGAUCUGACAUUCUAUUUAGAUGGUGCCCAUAGCCCCGAAAGCAUGGAGAUAUGUGCAAGAUGGUUUUCUCUUUCAACUAAAGAGAAUUCUCAGGAAAAGGUUCCGGAUUCAUCUAGGUCACAUGAUUUUGUACAAAGCCAUGCUGAUGUUAAAGCCAAGAAGAACUCACAGAUACUGCUGUUUAAUUGUAUGUCAGUGAGGGAUCCUCAAUUGCUUCUUCCGAACCUGAUGAAAACAUGUGCUAGUCAUGGUGUCUACUUCAAGAAGGCGCUAUUUGUACCAAACACAUCAGUGUAUCACAAGGUUGGUUCACAUUCCUUACCUCCCACUGAUCCUCAAGUUGAUUUGUCGUGGCAAUUCUCUCUUCAGAGAGUAUGGGAAAAUCUAAUGGGAAAUAAAGGAGUUGAUGAUAAGAUCCCAGAUACUCUUUCUGAAGAAUUAAGAGAUGAUAUGGAAAUGCCUGUCAAAAAUUGUGAAAAUAGUGCUGUUUUUUCCUCACUCCCAUCAGCUAUAAAGUGGCUCAGGGACAGUGUCCGGCAUAAUCAAUCUACUCGAUUUCAGGUCCUUGUAACUGGUUCGCUCCAUCUUGUUGGCGAUGUAUUGAGAUUAGUCAAGAAGGCAUAGUAGGAAGUGAAAGCAAAAUCUCAAUUUCUGCAUCUCCAUCUCAUUGCAAUUUGUUCUGGCAUUCAUGAGGCAUGGGAAAGGUGUCAAACUAUUUGAACUUCCUAGUGUCUCGUGUCAAAUUUGGACUCCCGUGCUUCUAUGGCGUGGUCUAAGUUGGAAUUUCCAAACAUGUGCAGUUUGAUCUUAGCAGUGGCUUGCAAUGAGGCAUUUUGUUUGAGUGUACUAUUUAUACACCCUGUAUUGCUACAACCAUAUGACCUCAUUCAUGUUACUGGCUUUCUGAUUCUUUAUGAGAUUAAAUGAAAGAAACGAUUGUUGUUGC